AUUUGAUCACAUCCAAAAUGACACUACAGAUUUUUAUACAUUUAAUUACCGUAUCUAUUGCUUUAUGUUCGAAAGUUUCGUUUAUUCCUAAUGCAAGUUUUAAUUUGCCGCAGAAUUUCAAGGACGGUAGACUUCCUUGUUCAAAACAAACUGUAGUGUUUCCUAACACGGUGGCAGCAUCCGUCAUAAUUGAAUCGGGAGUAUCGGUCAGUGGGUUCAUAUUACCUGAGGAUGGAGACUUAAUUAUCGACGACGGGAUUAUUGAACUAGGAGAAAAAUAUGAUGACAAUUGCACUGUUAAUGGUAAAGCAUUUUAUUUUGAAAAAUCUAUAACCUCCUGGAAUGAACCAGAUGUUUGGAUUUCUUCUAAAUUCAAUAAAGCAACUCCAGAUGCAGAAAGAAUUCCCUGCUAUGACGACGUGGUUGAAUUUCCAGCAAACACCACUUUCAUUCUGUUUUUACCAGAAAAAACUCAAUAUGUCCGCGACAUUGUCAUAAGCGGUAAGAAAUAUGACACUGUUACAUUAAGAAAUUAUAUUAAUAACCAAGCUGAUCAAAAUCAAAGAUUUGUGGUCAACACACAUCAAGACGUUGGAAUUUCAGUUAAAUAUAGCACAUGUCGUUCACCAAGUGGCUGCCCAUGUCAAACGGAAACUCUUGAGAUUGACUGUUCAACAAAAUUUUGUCCGGAACCUUCGUGUGUAGACCCGGUGCAACCGAUCGGCCAUUGUUGUAAAAUUUGUGGCGGCGUCAUGGCGUUUGAUGUUGAUAAGAGUUUCGAUUUUAUCAAGUUCCAAGAAACUGUUGAGUCUGUGGUUAAAAGUUACGGAAAAGAUGAUUUAGUGUACCACAUAGGGAGAUUUGGUAAUCAAGUUCAGCUGGUAGUAGUCGAUAAAGGUGAUUAUACUGGCUUGAGUGCUGAAGCUGUAAAUACAAUCGAUUAUGGUAUGGAAAAACGUUUUGCUGCACUCACUCGAUACAGCGGAAGCCCUAUUUCCAAAUCAGGAUACGGAGGAAAGAUAUUUAUUUCCAUGUUUUUCUUAGUGGUUUCUGUUUUAGGGAUUAUUUAUUUGUACUUUUACAAAAUGCCACAGUUCCAUUUCCCAAUGUUUGGUCGUAGUGAUCCGAGAAUAUUUACUAGAUUCAAUCGCAGAACUGAGAGUGUCGUUUCUUUGGCUAGAAAAGAUUCUAUCACGCCAACUGGGGCCAGCAGCAGUACAGCGUUCAGGAAUCCAUUGUACGAUUCAAUUAAGUCGAGAUCUCGUGUAGAGGAAUCUAUAGCAGAGAAUUGAAAAUAACUAUUAAAAGUAUAAUAUUAAGAUAUCAGAAAAAUUUACUUAUCAUAAAUGUGAAAGAAAAUAUGCAAGACCUUUAAAAUAAAAGAUUAUUUAAUACUGAAAUCGUCUUUAUAAAUCCAUUUAGUGAUAUGGAUUCGGUUGAUAAAAUUUGUUUAGUAAACAAAUUAAAUAAACCAACAGUUAAGUUUGUGCAAACGGCUAAGAAGUCUCUGAAUGGAAAAAUAUUCGAGGAAUUUCGUUUCACAGAAAAGAAAUUUAACACUUUUAAGUCCAAUAUUGAACUCUUUGUGGCUCUGCCCUCCCAGUGUUUGAACUCAAUCAAUAGUAUUAAGUUUCUUCAAAACAGUUCAAAAGCGUGGCUGUCAUGAGAAGUCGUCCAUCAUUUUGAUGUUAGUAUGGCGAGAGACAAAAUGGAACGAUUUUAAUAUUUAAUCAUAUUGUUUUUAUACAAAAGCUUAACCUAUAUUUAUGCCAUUUUCAUUUGAAAGCAGAUUUUAUUUACUCAUCGUACAUACAUUCAUAACAUCUGUGUGGACUGUUUAGUUCACUAUUGUAUUUACUUUAUCAUAGUAUAAAUGUUUAUAUAAAAAAGUAAUAAUAACAAAACAUACAUUGUAAUUUCUAUAGAUAGUAAGCCGCCUGUAGAACGUAAUAUUUAACCAUUAUUAUAAAAAAUAUUUUAAACAUUUUAAUAACACCAAACAUAUUUAGUACGUUUUGUGACAUACAUUUCAUCAAUACAACAUAACAUCUGUGCUAUUAAUGUUUUUUUUUUUUUAAAUCAAUAAAAUCGCAUCAACAAGUUAAUCGCGUCAGACAUAGCGCUGUAAUAAAAUAAUGCAACAAAAGUUAUUCAAGUAGCAAGCCUUGGAUACGUUUAAGCCGGUGCAGUCAGGAAGGACCACAACAGGUACAAGGAUGACUGUGCAUGAAAUUAUAAAUUCAUGUACGAGCCAAAACUCAACGAUACGCUCAAUAUGUUAUAGAUAUUAAAUUAAAAAAUAAAUUAUA